GCGGGACUGAAUCGGCCAAUACAGGUUCCAUACCGUUGGGCUUUAAGCCCCAACUUUAAUCUCACAACCUAAAAUACCCGAACUCACUCUCUCUCUUUCUCUCUCUACUUUACUGAUUGGUCGGUCGAAACCAGAUUUUGGUGGAAGUCGAUGGAUCUUCAAGGUGUUCAUUUUCCAGUUCCUCAUAGGGAGGUUACAGUUGAUAUUAAGGGAAUCAGAACUGACAUAAUUAUCUGCAGAUAUGAGGAUCAUUAUAUGGUGAUAGUGACACAGAUUGGAAGCAUGGGAACAAUACUGCAUGCAAGGAAAGAAGAAGGUGUUACCAUCAAUCCAACAUUUAACGUGUCUGUAAUAUUUGGGAAGAGAGAUGAGCCAAUGAUGGUGGCAUGUGCACGUCAGCUUAUUGAGAAUAUAAGUAAGUCUGGUUCAUCAAGGCCCUUGUUGUUAUCUCUUGGACUCAAGGACCAUUCAUCGGAGACCAUGAAAAAUAUCGUAUCUGUUGUGACUGACAACAGGCUCUGGUAGCAGGUGUGGUGCAUCUGGCGCAGAGUUAGUAUUUCCUCAUCAAAGCUGUGCAAGAAUUUAGUCAUGUUACUCGCAAUUGUCACAAUCAAUCAAGGGUUGUACAUCCUUGUCCAGUUCUCCUUUCAACACCUCAUAUGCCCUGUUGAAAUCAAUUUUACAAGUGUAAGACGCAGAAAUUUUGUGCACUUCAUUCAUCCACCUUCUGAGUAAGGCAUAUUAUUGGUGUUCAUUUCUAACCCAAGUUUUUUGGAUCUUCCACCUUGCAUAAAAUUUCCAGAUCAUCGUGUUCCCCUGCUACAUUGAUCUUAAGGCUGUACAAGUUUUGUCUUUA